AUGGCUCUUCAUCUGGUUCUGUUGACGUUGUAUGUGGUGCUUACGUUGACCGUAGCACAUGCUGCACGCACUGCUGUGGUGAUGGGAUCUCCUGAACUGCAGAAGACGCACUCCAAGUUCUUUAAGCUACUCGAAGACCGAGGUCAUGAGCUAAGCUUCUUUAACAGUGGGGAGAGUGAGAAGCAGUCGCUCGAGUUGGAGAUCUAUGGAGAGCGUGCGUAUGAGAAUCUAGUGCUGUUUACACCUCAGAAGGCAUUGGGAUCUCUACGCAAGUCGGACUUGUUGCAUUUUGUAGAAGAAGGAGGAAACGUGCUGCUGUCUGCUAGCAAGAAGAUUACUAAGGUCCAGCGUGACUUUGCACUCGAGUGCGGCGUCGAGUUUGAAAAGAAAGGCAACGUGGUGUUGGAUCACGUCAAUCCCAUUGCAGAUGAUGACGACAUUUACAAUUCGGUGAUUGCUGCCGAGGACUUUGUGGCCUCGGAACGCGUAGUUGGAUCACUGGCCUUAACGCCCAAGCCUGUCGCCUUUUCUGGCGUGGGCAUGUCACUCGAGCCCAACAAUGUCCUGGCUUUUCACGCGCUCAUGGCGCCUGCCAGCGCGUACUCGGCCAAUCCGGUCAAGCCCAUCACGAACAAGGUUGUAUCUCGUGAUCUGCUUUUCGGCAACCAGAUUGGUCUUGUGACUGCGGUGCAGGGCCGCAACAACGCCCGCCUCAUCUUUUCUGGCUCGCUUGACCUCUUUAGCGACAAGUACUUGGACAACAAGAAGUUUGCCAACGCCGAGUUUGUCGACGCUGUGACCAAGUGGGGAUUUCAGGAGAGCGGUGUGCUCCGCAUGACCAAUGUGAAGCAUCACCGUGAAGACGGAUCGCAACCGGCUAAGAUGCUGAGCGACGCGAAUCGUGGCGACCAGCCGAUUACGCUGUACCCGGACGCCGAGGUGGCGCGCGACUCGCUUGUGUACCGUGUGAAGGACAAUCUUACAUACUCGUUGGACCUGCACGAGCUCAAGGAUGGAAAAUGGUUGCCAUACGAGGCUGACGACGUGCAACUGGAGUUCGUCAUGCUAGACCCUCACGUGCGUACGACGUUGACGCACGACAAUAAGGGGCACUUUUCCGUGACUUUCGAGGCGCCUGACGUGUAUGGCAUCUUCCUUUUUCGUGUGAUGUACCGCCGUCUGGGACUGUCGACGAUCUACACGACGACGCAGGUUUCGCUGCGCCCAUAUAAGCAUGACGAAUACGAGCGCUUCAUCCCAGCCGCCUACCCGUACUACGCCUCAGCCUUCUCGAUGAUGGUCGGUGUGUUCCUGUUCAGCGUGUACUUUCUGUUUUACGAUGGCAAACAGUAA